ACCGGAAGCAGCGUGAGGUUACAGAAGAGCUGCAACCUGAUCUUUCCUAUAAUAUUCUCCGCUGCUGUUUGCCGCCUGACAGACAAGAUGUUGAGAAGUGCCUCCGCGCAGAUGUUCAGACAGCUGGUGAGAUACAGCAGUUCAGAAACCAACCUCAUCCUGGAGAGAUCGAUCAACCGUGUGCAGCUGUUGGGUCGAGUCGGUCAGGAUCCCGUGAUGAGACAAGUGGAGGGUCGCAACCCCGUUACCAUCUUCUCCGUGGCAACCAACGAGAUGUGGCGCUCUGGAGAUGGAGAGGUGACCUCAACAGGUGACAUCAGUCAGAAGACGACGUGGCAUCGCGUGUCUGUGUUUAAACCCGGUCUGAGAGACGUGGCCUACCAGUACGUCAAGAAAGGGUCCAGGAUUCUAGUGGAGGGAAAACUGGACUACGGAGAGUACGUGGACAAGAACCAAGUGAGACGCCAAGCUACCACCAUCAUCGCAGAUAACAUCAUCUUCCUGAGCGACAACAUCCGAGACAGAACCUGAAGGAUUUUCCAGCACUUAUGUCUUCGUUUUUUUU